ACCAACUUACUAGUCAACUGACAAAACUACCAGUCCGCGCGGUCUUCCUUAGGAGACAGCAUCUGCUAUUUCCACUCCCGUUUUUCUGCCUUCCCAUCUUCCUACACUCACUGUUUGACAUUUCCCUGGAGCUAGCCAUUUUCUUAUCCUCCCUGUUUUCUGUUUGUUUCUCGGAAAUCUAAUCAAACCGUUGAUGGCAAAGACGAGAAACAAGAACAUACAAGCCAAGCUGGUAUUUCUUGGGGAUAUGGGAGCUGGGAAAACAAGCUUGGUAUCGAGAUUUGUCAGAGGCCAAUUUUCCGAUUUCCAGGAAUCGACAAUCGGAGCAGCCUUCUUCACUCAGGUAUUGUCACUAAAUGAAGCCACCAUAAAGUUAGAUAUAUGGGACACCGCAGGUCAGGAGAGAUACCACAGCUUGGCUCCUAUGUACUACCGUGGCGCAGCCGCUGCUGUUGUGGUCUAUGAUUUGACUAGCUCGGAGUCAUUUGAGCGUGCCAAAAAAUGGGUUCAAGAACUACAAAGACAAGGAAAUCCAAAUCUGAUAAAGUUCUUGGUAGCAAACAAGGUUGACUUGGAAGAAAAGAGAAAAGUGGGAAAUGAGGAAGGUGAGCCAUAUGCCAAAGAAAAUGGCUUGAAUUUCCUUGAAACAUCUGCAAAGACUGCACACAACGUCAAUGAGCUUUUCUAUGAAAUAGCAAAGAAGUUGGCAAAAGCUGCUCCGUCUCGGCCUACUGGAAUGAAGUUGCAUAGCAGACAACAAGAAAUGGGAAGAAGGUUCUUCUGUUGCUCCUGAUCCAAGGCUAGCUGUAUAACUUGUAUGUAAUUUGUGUCAUUGACAUCUGUGUUCUGAGACUGAGCAUUCGGUUUUCAUAUGAAUAAAACCUGGCUGUUAUGCUAAGUUAAUUACUAA